AUGGAUGUUUUGCCAACAUAUCAGCAAGCCACCGCUCGACCCGACUGGCUGCAGCUAGCCGCCCCAUACAUAGCAUUCACGGAUUAUCCAUCCCUUUGUCGAGUCAGCCGCCGUUUCUGGUCCGUCUUCGCGCCUCAGCUCUGGAGAGACCCUUGUGCGGCGUCUAAGCGUUUGGGAUGGAGCACGGACGGUGAUACCAGACAAUGGUGGGCCAAUUUCAUGUCCCGGACGCUACUCCAGCUGACGCCCAAGACACGGCUCCUAAUUCAGGUGCUGGAUGUAAGAGGCGCCGCUGGACCGCGCGAGUUCGCCAUGUACUCAGAACUUACUGGAAACUCCUUUACGCUAGCUCUCCAGCUGCUUCCAAACGUCACGGCCCUUGUCUUAGACGACCAAGAAAACCUUGAUAUCCGCUUCCUUGGCCGCAGCCCUCAGCAGCCCGUGCCGUUGGGUCGUGCAUUACGGGUGCUAAGUCUUGAUAAUGUUAGCCAUGGAGUUCUCAAACUUCUCGAAUCACCUGAAACCCUGCCAGAGUUGCAGUACUUGGAGGUGUCUGGCUCUUCAUGGCCCAGGCAUGACCGCCUAAUUGAGCUACAGCUACCCAAAUUACGCAUUCUCAAGCUUCGCCGUUGUGGACUCCGUAGCGAUAAGCCACUUUAUCUCAACGUUUUCGACGGUCGCUUGUGGAGUCUAGAUGUGAGUGACAACCAACUAUCCGACCGUUCUGCAGCACAAUUCCUCAGCCAACUCAACUUCACCCGCCGACUGCGGACAUCGCAGCAUGCAUUAACCGAGGGGUUGAUCGAACGUUGGACGGAAUUCGAUCGCCAUACCUCUAUUCUGGAAGUACAUGGCAGCAGCGACGUUUUUCUUCCUGGGGCCAGAUAUCUGGUCGAUGCUCCCGCAUUUACAGCCUUGGCUAAUAGUCAAGACUUGCCUGCUGUCCGCUCCGACGGCUCUGUGCCAGUACGCCAAGACACGCUCGAUAGUGUUUUACGUCUCCUGUCUCGGAAUGAUGGCACUGCUGCCACGGAUCACUUGCCUGGCUCCAUCGGCCUCACACAUCUGCACUUGUCGGGCAACCAAUUUUCGGCGGCAGGAAUUGAAUCGCUGCUGCGCCGCUCUAACGGACAGAUAGAACACUUUGAUUGCGAUUCAAUAGAUUUACAUCCCACUUAUACUGGUAAGCUUGGCAUCCAUGAGUCAAUCAGAAUGUACGGAUUCUCGGGUCUGUCACAUGUAUUUCGCCCUGUUUGGUGCUCCAAUCUUCGAUCCCUCAGGAUACACCACUCGUUUGUCACAAAUAUACCUACGGUCAGCAUUCCUGGUCUUGGUGAUAUUGACCGAAAAUAUUUUGCUGAGAAGCACAUCUUCCCCGGCCUUGACUGGGCAUACUCGCUAGCCUUUCUCCCGGACAUGAAUCCCCGGCUACAAUCCUUGACGUUGACUUGUGUUCCCCGCCAAUCCUUCGGCCCUCUCGUACACAAGUUGACCUUCUUCCUUCGGCUCUUGGGCUUGCAAGAGCAGGCAUUAUCCAUCAUGAACAAGGCGGAAGCAUCAAGACCAGGGCGGUCUGUGCGGUUUGUGAGCGGCCUUAGGUACCUGACACUGGAAAUGGAGUCAAUGGAAAAGAAGCCAAUGGAAAUGAGCUCACCUCUCGAAUUGAAUGCUGAGGAGCUCAUGACUAGUGAGGAGCCGCGCUCGUACUACAUCCCAGUUUGGACCUAUAUUAUCCCCAAGGCCCCCUUGAGGAAUAACCGUGUAUUCCAAGUUGAAGAAAUUGGGCAUGACGUAGCAGCAAAUUAUAGCCCGGGAGCCCCCUCUGGCUAUCCGCCCAGAAACCUCAGUAAGGAAAAAUGGAUACGAUAUAGAGAAUCCACGAAGAAGCCUCUAGUAGCAGUUUGGGCUGGCAAUACCUGGUCACGAAGUCCUGUUAUCCAGAAGUACCGCUGCUUGGUACUCGAGUAUGGAGUAUACGAGGGACUUGGGCCCACUACUAUUCAUCACACGAGGGCGGGCGCUCCGGUAGGAUGCUUCAUCUUUCAACAAACCUGGCUCUAUGCCGCCUUACCGCAAACAUUGGAAGUGCCGCCAACUAUCCAAACACCAGAAUAUGAAGAUGUAGCCGCUGAGCUACGGCGACGCCAUGUCUCGACAUAUGAGGACUUUGAGCGAAUACGGAAAGAGUCACCUUACCGUCCAUGCUUUUAUUGGGGCGGCACAUUUAAGAUUAUCGACGCAAAGCCGAAUCGCGUCAGUUGA